UUCACCGUCACCGACCACCAUUUUUUUUCCAGCUUAGCUAACGAGCAGCAGUAAAGAAGGUUCGCGAAAAGGCUGUCGAGCGAUUCAACAUGCCUCGCGUUUACAUAGGACGACUUGGCUACCACGUCCGCGAAAAGGACAUCCAGCGGUUUUUCGGCAGCUUUGGCAAGCUCUUGGAAGUCGAUUUAAAAAACGGAUACGGUUUCGUGGAGUUCGAAGACAACCGGGAUGCCGACGACGCCGUGUACGAGCUGAACGGGAAGGAUCUGUGCGGCGAGAGGGUGAUCGUCGAGCAUGCCCGCGGGCAUCGGCGGGACCGGGAUAGCUACAGUGGGGGCAGCUGGGGUGAUGGGCGCAGUAGCGGUUACGGCAGCCGGAGCCGCACGGGCAGAGACAAGUACGGACCCCCGGUCCGCACCGAAUAUCGUCUGAUUGUGGAAAACCUGUCGAGCCGCUGCAGUUGGCAGGACCUCAAGGAUUUUAUGCGUCAGGCGGGCGAGGUCACUUACGCCGACGCCCACAAGGAGUGCGCCAACGAGGGAGUGAUCGAGUUCCGCAGCCAGUCAGAUCUGAAGCGCGCUAUUGACAAGUUGGACGGGACGGACAUUAAUGGGAGAAAGAUUCGUCUGGUGCCGGACCGGCCUCGCAGGCGCAGGUCCUAUUCUGGCAGCCGAUCCAGGUCUCGAAGCCGCCGUCGCUCCCGCAGCAGGAGCCGUAGGAGCAGAAGCUCCAGGAGUCGCUCCAGAUCCAAAUCUCGGUCCGGUUCGCGCAGCAACAAGAGAUCCGCGAGGAAGUCUCGCUCCAAGUCAGGCGAGAGCAAGUCGCGUUCUCGCAACCGCAAAUCCCAUUCGAGAUCGAAGUCCAAAUCCCCGUCCCGAUCCCCCGAGCGCAAAUCGAAGUCCCGCUCGAAGAGCCGCUCCAAGGUGAAGUCUGAGCGGGAUUCCCGUUCCCGAUCCAAGGAGAAGGUUGACGAGAAGUCCCGCAGUCGCUCGGCCUCCCCCGUAGAGAAUGGUAACGACGACCGCGAGCCCAAAUCCGCAUCGCGCUCCCCUUCCCCGCGCGAGGACGACCGCCGGUCCCCGUCCGGAGAGAGGCGCUCGGCCUCCCGUUCGAGAUCUCGUUCGCGGUCUAGAUCGGCUUCUCAGGAUUAGUACAGAACUUCACAUCGAGUGCCAGUCCUCGGCUGUACAUAGCGAGCAGUGUUGACAUGCUGGUUUCUGCAUCCCGGAUUGUCCACAUCGGUCUUUAAAUCUUUCUUCUCGCUGCAGUAAGACAGGCUACACAGCCAACUGGUUUCCAAAUAGAUGUUCAAAUAAAGUAACUUUGAUUUUU